AUGUGUGUGCUUCACGACCACAUAUCAUACCGGUACGAGAUACUGGAGGUGAUUGGGAAAGGCAGCUUUGGACAAGUGAUCCGUGCGCUCGACCAUAAGACCAAUCAGGAGGUGGCCCUCAAAAUCAUCAGGAAUAAGAAAAGGUUCCAUCAGCAAGCACUUGUCGAGGUGAAAAUACUGGAGCACAUCACCAAACGUGAUAAGGACUGCCACCACAACGUGAUCCAUAUGUUGGACUAUUUCUACUUUCGUAACCACCUGUGCAUCACAUUUGAGCUACUGGGGUGA